UUUUUUUUUUUUUUUGUCUUUUUCUUUUUUUUUUUUUGAAAAUUUUCUUUCUCACACUCCUAACAAACCUCUCUUUGAAUUUAAGUUUUCUCAUUAAGGUUUAUCUCCGAACUUCAUUUUCUCAGCCCAUUCAAGUGAUUUUCUUUAAUGGGUGGUUGAAAAAACAGAGAUUUAAUCUCCGGCUUGUCUCAGAUAUAUUUUCUUGUUCUUUUUGGGGUUAGUCUUUCCUUUUAUCUUCUCCGUCCACAAACCAUGUAUCCGAGUAGAUUUCAGUAGAAGAGGCUAGAGGUUUGUGCUGGUUUAUCUUUCUUGAUAAACCCAUCUCUGCAAACCAGUGGAUUCUUCCUUUUCUUUCAUGUUUUUGGUGGGGUUCUUUUGAUGAGUUCUCUAGGUCUUGUGUUCUUGAGCAAAGCUGAGAGGUAGAGUGUGGAAAGCAUUUCCGAGGAGAUGAGAAGUUCUAGUUCACUUCAGCUUCUGUGGGUUGUUUUUGGAGUUCUUUUUGCGAGUUGUGAUGCCUUUGCAUCAAAUGAGGUCUCAGCUCUUAAUACCUUAAAGGAAGGCAUAUAUGAAGACCCACUUACGGUUCUGUCCACUUGGAACACCGUUGAUUCAGAUCCUUGUGAUUGGUCUGGCAUUACGUGCUCUGAAGCUCGAGAUCAUGUUAUAAAAAUAAAUAUUUCUGGGUCAUCAUUGAAGGGAUUUCUCACACCAGAAUUGGGUCAACUCUCUUCCUUGCAAGAACUAAUUUUGCAUGGGAACAACCUGAUUGGGGUAAUACCUAAAGAAAUUGGCUCUUUGAAAAACCUCAAGGUCUUGGAUCUGGGGAUGAAUCAAUUGACGGGUCCAAUCCCUCCAGAGAUUGGCAAUUUGACUAGCAUCGUUAAAAUAAACCUCGAGUCCAAUGGCUUGAGUGGACGCCUGCCUCCUGAGCUUGGCAACUUGAGACACCUGGAGGAGCUUCGGCUGGAUAGGAACAGGCUUGAAGGAACUGUUCCUGGCAGUAACACUUCGAAUUUUGUAUCUGACGUUAAUGGGAUGUAUGCCUCAAGCAGGAACAUCACUGGCCUCUGUCGCUCAUCUCAGUUUAAAGUUGCAGAUUUCUCGUACAACUUUUUUGUUGGAAGCAUACCUAAGUGCUUGUCAUAUCUGCCAAGAACAAGUUUUCAAGGGAACUGCCUUCAAGACACUGCUCCCAGACAACGGUCUACAGUGCAAUGUGCUGUUCCUCCACCUGCCAAAAGCCAUCCAGGAGUCGGCCCAAAGCACCAGCCUACCUUAGAUGGACCGAAGCAUCAGGACACAUCAAAACCUGCCUGGCUUUUAGCUCUGGAAAUAGUGACAGGAACCAUGGUUGGUUCUCUCUGUAUCAUUGCUCUUCUCACUGCUCUUCAGAGAUGCAAAAGCAAAUCUUCUAUUAUAAUCCCUUGGAAAAAAUCAGCAAGUGAGAAGGAACAUAUGCAAGUAUACAUAGACUCUGAGAUGUUGAAGGAUGUAUUUAGAUUCAGCAGGCAAGAGCUUGAAGUAGCAUGUGAAGAUUUCAGCAACAUAAUAGGCUCCUCACCAGAUAGUUUAGUCUACAAAGGCACCAUGAAAGGUGGGCCCGAGAUUGCUGUGAUAUCCCUAUGCAUCAAAGAGGAGCAUUGGAUGGGCUAUCUUGAGCUCUAUUUUCAGAAGGAGGUGGCAGAUUUGGCAAGAUUAAAUCAUGAGAACACAGGAAAAUUACUGGGCUAUUGUCGAGAGAGCUCUCCGUUUACAAGAAUGCUGGUUUUUGAAUAUGCAUCAAAUGGAACACUCUAUGAGCACCUUCAUUAUGGAGAAGGAUGCCAAUUAUCAUGGACACGGCGCAUGAAGAUUAUUAUAGGGAUUGGCCGUGGCCUAAAAUAUCUGCACACAGAACUUGAUCCACCAUUUACAAUAUCCGAGUUAAAUUCGAGUGCUGUGUAUAUCACAGAGGAUUUUUCUCCCAAGCUAGUUGACUUUGAAAGUUGGAAGUCAAUUCUUUCAAGAUCAGAAAAGAACUCAGGCUCCAUUGGCAGCCAAGGUGCCAUCUGUGUUCUUCCAAAUUCUCUGGAGGGACGCCAUCUAGAUGUUCAAGGCAACGUUUAUGCAUUUGGUGUACUUUUGCUGGAGAUUAUGAGUGGGAGACCUCCAUACUGCAAGGACAAGGGUUGCUUGGUUGAAUGGGCUAGGGACUAUCUUGACCUACCAGAAGCAAUGUCAUAUGUGGUGGAUCCUGAGUUGAAACAUUUCAGAUAUGAUGACCUUAAAGUCAUAUGUGAGGUGGUGAAUCUUUGCAUUCAUCCCGAACCCACCAAGCGGCCAUCCAUGCAAGAACUGUGCACCAUGUUGGAGACCAAAAUUGACACAUCCAUAUCUUCCGAGCUUAAGGCAUCUUCUCUGGCGUGGGCUGAGCUUGCACUUUCAUCGUGAUUGAGCUAUGAAACCUAACACACUGUAAAUCUGAAAUAUACAAUUGUAAUUCUCCUUUCCUUCCUCAAUUUUUUUGUUUUAUCGGGUUCCUUGUAAAUGCUUGCAUGCUAAAAGAAACAUAGAGCUUCAUGCAUGGCAAAUCCUCUUUGUAUACCAUUGGUUGAUCAGUAAAGUUCUGAAAUUUCUGAACAUGAUUAAGGUCUUGUUAGUAAAGGAUGACUAUUUUCUCCUCUUCAA